GGUGAUCGCUCAAUCUGUUACAUCUUUCUUUAUAUCAUCUAUGUGCCCCUCAAUCUAGAAGACCAAAGAGCAGCCAACAGCAUGGCCACAACAACACCCCCUUUAGACCGUCUUUCACCUGCCCAGGCGCAGCCAGCAGAAAAAAUCUUGUAUGAUCGAACCACAGUGUUGGCUUUGGAGGAAUACAAGAAGAAGGAUCCUACGAAAGUUGUUGUGCGCUUCAAAUCGAUUGGUUCAGCGCCGAUUAUGAAGAACAAUGUAUUCAAGGCCACCGCAGGGCAUAAGUUCCAAGCAGUGAUCAUGUUUCUGCGGCAACAGUUGGGUAUGAAGAAAGAAGAUUCCUUGUUUACAUAUAUCAACGCUGCCUUUGCACCAGCUCCCGAUGACACUGUUGGAAGCCUGUAUAAAUCGUUUGGUACAGAAGGGCAUCUGAUAGUAAAUUACAGUAAUACUCAAGCCUGGGGGUAAAGGCUCGCCAUGGAAACUCAGAUAGAUGACCAUUAAAUGUUGUAAUAUAUGUAAAAACAUGCGCGCUCAUAAAACACUGUCCACGACCCGUCCACGGCCUGUUGGUAUUAUUUCAUAAAUCAGGUUAAAUUGGACCAGAUUUACAUAUCGCAAUUUGGAACCUAGUCAAGUUGAACAUGUUAUGCAUACCACAAAUACACGGAUA